GGCACAGUUCAACAACUAAAGAAGGGGAAGUAUUGAACAGUUGAAGUGACGUGGAAGGCUAUGGACGCAACAACUGGACGUUUUACAGAACUUCACAAUCCUAGACGAGAGUUGUGACAUUUUUGUAAAAUGCAACUUUUAUAGCUUUUACACUGCUGGACCUACAUUUUACUUCGGACUGUGACACAGCAAGUUAUUUUCUUUGGCAACGGCUAUUCUUUGCUGGCAGUUAGCUAGUUAGCUCUCUGGGCUGCGCUGACUGAAGUAAACUAAGUGUGGAUUUAACAGUCGAUUGGAGAGAGGCUAAACAUGAAAAAGACCAGGAAACACUCGACAAACCUUACUGAUCGCCGCUGAUUUUUUUUCUUUUACGGAAACAACAUCGGGUCGCUUGUUAUUGUUAAUUUUCGAGUGUGUUUAUGAACAGUAAAAAUGAGCUCUCUUUUGCGAGGUGAAGAGAUGUGCAUGGCCCAACUGUUUUUACAGUCUGGUUCGGCUUAUGACUGUAUCAGUGAACUUGGUGAGCUCGGUCUGGUGGAGUUCAGAGAUCUCAAUCCGAGUGUCAACACCUUCCAACGAAAACAUGUUAAUGAGAUAAAAAAAUGUGAAGAGAUGGAGAGAAUUCUGGGAUACCUCUUUAGGGAAAUUAAGAAAGCUGACAUUUCGCUGCCAGAACGAGAUGUGAACCCAGUGGCUCCUUUACCCAAGCACAUCAUGUCAGUAAUGGAGCAGCUGCAGAGACUCGAAGUGGAACUCGGUGAAGUCACCAAGAAUAAGGAGAAGCUGCAACGGAAUCUACUGGAGUUGACAGAGUAUACACACAUGCUACGCAUCACACGCAGCUUUGUACAGAGAUCUACAGAGCGAGAAUCCUUACACAUGCAGUAUGAGGAGUUUCCUUUCCUAGAAAAAGACACAGUGAUGGACUACAGCAGCAUGCAGAGGCUAGGAGCCAAACUAGGCUUCAUUUCUGGUCUUAUCCAGAGGCAGAAAAUUGAAGCCUUUGAGUAUAUAAAUCACACCUGUAGAGUGUGUAAAAUGUAGUUUAUGCACACAGAUGUUAUCACAGACAAACAACACGUUUUAUGUUGUUUUUCACAGGGAGAACCGACCAAAAGUGUUGUGUUCCUGAUCUCCUACUGGGGAGAUCAGAUUGGGCAAAAAGUGAAGAAGAUCUGUGACUGCUACCACUGUCACUUGUAUCCCUAUCCUACGAGCAGUGAUGAGCGGAAUGAUGUUGUGGAAGGACUAGCAACGAGAAUUCAGGAUCUUCACAUAGUGCUUCACAGGACAGAGGAUUAUCUGAGACAGGUCUUAAUUAAGGCUUCAGAAUCUGCAUACAUGUGGGUCGUCCAAGUCAAGAAGAUAAAGGCCAUUUACUACAUUCUCAACCAGUGCAGUUUUGAUGUUACCAACAAGUGUCUGAUCGCCGAAGUGUGGUGUCCCGUCAAGGACAUUCCCACUCUGCGGAGGGCUUUGGAAAAAGGAUCGAGAAAAAGUGGAGCAACUGUUCCCUCCUUUGUCAACCGUAUUCCUACCACGGACACUCCACCAACACUGAUAAGAACCAACAAGUUUACUUCUGGUUUCCAGAACAUUGUUGACGCCUAUGGAGUGGGCACUUAUAGAGAGGUCAACCCUGCUCCUUUCACAAUCAUAACGUUCCCCUUCCUCUUUGCUGUGAUGUUUGGAGACCUGGGUCAUGGACUGAUCAUGGCUCUUUUUGCGUUUUGGAUGGUGUGGCAUGAGAAAAAUCGCAAGCUCAAAAACACAAGGAAUGAGAUCUGGAACACGUUCUUCGAGGGUCGUUACAUCAUCCUGAUGAUGGGACUCUUCUCCAUAUACACUGGACUUAUAUACAACGAUUGUUUCUCAAAGUCUUUCAACAUCUUUGGUUCUGGGUGGAACGUGGAGGCCAUGUUCACAGCAGGAAAAUGGAGCCUAGAUGAUCUCCACAACAACCGUUUUCUCACCCUGGAUCCUAACGUAACAGGGGUUUUUAAUGGACCCUACCCUCUGGGAAUCGACCCUAUCUGGAACCUGGCGUCCAAUCGUCUCUCAUUUCUGAACUCCUAUAAAAUGAAGAUGUCAGUCAUACUGGGCAUCAUACACAUGAGCUUCGGGGUCACACUCAGCACCUUCAAUCACUUACACUUUAGGAAAAAAUACAAUCUGUACCUGGUGUUCCUGCCUGAGAUCCUGUUCCUGCUCUGCCUCUUUGGCUACCUGGUCUUCAUGAUAUUUUACAAGUGGCUGGUGUUCUCUGCUAAAGACUCCAGGCACGCCCCCAGCAUCCUCAUUCACUUCAUAAACAUGUUUCUGAUGCAGAGUGACACAGUGCCACCUCUCUACCAGGGACAGCCUGGUUUGCAGGCAUUUCUGGUGUUAGUUGCUGUUCUCUCUGUUCCUGUUCUGCUCCUGGGGAAACCUCUCUACCUAUACUGGCUUCAAAAGGGAAGUCGCAGAAUAGGAAUGUACAGGGGAUAUGAGCGUGUACACCACAACAGUGAAGAGGAACUCUUCCUGAUGAGAACUCAUGACAUGGAGGAGGGCAGCAGUCACAGUGACCUCUCCACAAGUGGAGAACAUCAGACAGAAGAGUUUAACUUUGCAGACGAGUUCUUGCAUCAGGCCAUCCACACUAUAGAGUACUGCCUCGGCUGCAUCUCAAACACAGCCUCCUACCUGAGACUCUGGGCUCUGAGUUUAGCACAUGCUCAGUUGUCAGAAGUUCUGUGGUCGAUGGUGAUGAGAGUAGGUCUCAAAAUGGACACCAGUCUGGGAAUUUUAUUCCUGGUGCCAGUUUUUGGCCUGUUUGCUGUUCUCACUGUGUCUAUCCUCCUGGUGAUGGAAGGUCUCUCUGCUUUUCUGCAUGCACUCAGGCUGCACUGGGUGGAGUUUCAGAAUAAGUUCUACAGCGGGAUGGGCAUCAAGUUUUGCCCCUUUGCCUUCUCUCUCUUGCCUUCCAGCUUUGAGCAUGAUAGCCUACUGUGAAAAGACUGAUAAAUUCAACUAAGGAUUUAGAAAAUGGAGCCAAAGGAAGGAAACUGAAAAGGCUGGCAAACUUAAUAAAGUUUUUAAAAUUGUUUUCAAUGUCAUAUUUGAACUGUUCACACUGUUUAAAAAAGGACACUUCAGAAUGUACCAUGCAGAAAUUACAAAAUCUCUAUCUAAAAACAUACACCAAACCGAGAACUUUAGGAAUGCAAUGGUAGCUGCUGUUGUCAUUUAAACUGGAAAAUAAAUAGAUGCAUUCAUUAAUUCACUGUUUUCCCAAGCUUAUGCUUCUCAGAGAACACUAAAUACAUAACAUCAACAUUGUUUUGGUUCAUUUCUCCCUGUAGGAUUUUCUGAUAAAGAUAAUAGGUCUGGUAACAUCUUCCUAUUUAUUUAUGCUUUCUCUAAAUCUCACUUGUUGAAGUGGUUUGAUGUUAAGCUGAAUUAUAUUAGCUUAAUUGUGCUGAAUACAUCUAACAUUCAGACACUGCAUUGUGAGCCACUUUAACACGAUUCUUAUUCAAAUGUUGCAAGAUCAGGGUGAUAAGAUACUACUUUUCUUUUCCAGUACUUUUCCAGGAAAUGAUUCUUAAUUUAUUAUGUAUUUGAAUGUUAUCAAAAUAAAAGAGAAAUAAUAAUGGGAUGCCAUUUAAUGUUAAAGGCAUUCACAGUGUUGCCUCUAUGUCCACAUACUGUACAUUUUAACAUUCCAGACACAUUUUGUCAUCAAUUAUUAAAAGCUUGACUUGUGUUAAUAGAAUAUUUAUAGUACUUGCUGAUUCUAUUUGGUGGUUUAAGUGUUGAAUUUUUCUUGCCUUGGGAAGGAAACUAUUGUCAUCAUUGUUGUAUUUCAAACUUUGCAUUUUUGUUACAGUAAGAUGCUGCCAUACGAUACCAUUUGAAGAAUGUUGAAGCUUUGAGUUUUUAAGAAGUAAAUAUAAUUAAAUAGCUCCACAAACAGCAAUUAGACCUGUCCAAUAAUGUUUGCCUUAAUUAAAACUGAUUUUCCCUUAACAUAGUCCUUUAUUUUGAAAUUAGUUUUAAUACGAAGUACAAUCACUCCGUUUUUAAGCACUCCUUGUCACAGUCCUGUAAUGACAGUUUUAUUUUGUUUUGCAAAUUGUCAUUAAUAAAUUGUAUUUGUUUGGA